AUGUGGCCGCGGCUUUUUGUUUCGCUGCUGGCCCUCGCCGCGGGCGAGCGCGGGCUGGAGCUUCUGCAGCGGUCUCUGCAGCUGUCGCGGAAGCCGGCCAGCACGUGCCAGGGCUGGGACUGCCUGAAGCAGUUCGUGUCGGCCCCUGACGGCGCCUUCGCCUGGCGCGACACCGGGCGCCGCCUGAAGGAUCCCGCCUGGGAGGGCCAGGUACUGGAGCUGAUCAGCCAGAGGUGGCUGCCGGAUCUGGUGACCCCCGCGCUGUGGAACCACACCCUGGUGCUCAUCACGCCCAAAGCCUUCAGCGCUGCUUUGAGCGAUGCCCCCUGCGUGCUCUACGUGGCCCUGGGCUCGCUGACGGCCCCCCAGACCGCGUGGAACGUGGAGGCCGCGGACGCGGAGCUGCAGGCGGCGGCGCAGGUGGCCCAUGCGGCGGGCGCCUGGAGGGCAGCAGUGCUAUUCAACGUGCCCGCGAACUUCCUGCGCUUCGGGCAGGCGGCCCCUUCGGUGGAGGACGGGUCUCUGUCGACCUCCUGGGCGCUGCUGCGCCAGGACCCGGCCCCGCGGAUGUUGGAGCUGCCCAUGGCCAAGGCCACGGUGCGCGCCAUGGACGUCCUGGGCGCUUUUGCCGGCAUCCACUCCUUUGCGCUGAUGGGCACCAGUAAGCGCGGCCACCUCUGCUGGCACACGGCCUCCGUGGAUGCCCGCGUGAAGGCCAUCGUGCCGAUUGCUAAGGCCUUGAACCUGGAGCCCCAGCUGCGCCUCACCGUGGAGGAGCUCGGGGGCUUCCCCUGGGCCGCCUUCGAGUACGUCAGCAAGGGCCUGUUCCAGAACUUCACCCUGGGCCCGCACUGGAAGUAUUUCCUGGGGGUCACGGACGCCUACUACCACCUCUCCCGCACCAAGGCCUUGCCGAAGCUGGUCAUCUCGGCCUCCUCCGACGACUUCUUCAUGCCGGACCACCUGAAGCUCUGGUGGCCGCAGGUGCCGGAGCCCAAAUGGUCAUUUACGGUGCCGAAUAGCCGACACAUCAUAGGCGGCCUGCAGGUGACAGCGCUGGCGCCGGUCAUCGGCAGCUUCCUCGCCCGGGUCAAGAGCCAAGCCAUGCCCCGCUUGGAGUGGAGCGUGGAGGCCUCCGGGGCCAUCUCCGCUUGGGCCGAUGAGCCUAGCCAAGUGCGACUCUGGCAGGCCACCAGCUGCGACAACAAGCGCAUGGACUUCCGGCAGUACAGCGCCAAGGCUGAGGUGUGCCCCUGUGGCGUGCCGAGUGCGGAGGGCUGCCGCACCAACGUCACCUGGACCAGCUCCGAGCUGCCGGAUGCCAUGGAGCCCGAUGGCCCCGAGUCCACGGGGAAGUGGUGGGUUCGGCCCAAGGAUCCCCGAUCCGGGCGCUGGCGAGCCUUCUUUCUGGAGUUCGAAUGGCCAGGCGGCCUUCGUCUCUCCACCGAAGUCUCAGUGGUGCCCCGGACGGUGCCCUUCCCGGACUGCCCCGGCUCCGGCAAGUGUGAGGGCCUAGUUUGA